AUGCCUCCAAAACGCGAUCCAUCUGUCGGUGUGGAAAUAAACAACGAUCCACAGAAUCUUAAGCUGCAAGAUGACACCGAUUCUUCAGAUGACGACGAACAGUCACAAGGCAUAGGCAUGGCAGAUAUUAAUAAACUGAAAUCGGCAGGCAUUUGUACCAUCAGGGGUAUUCAAAUGACGACAAAGAAAAAUCUUUUGCGCAUCAAGGGGCUUUCCGAGACCAAAGUCGACAAAAUUAAAGAUGCUGCCAGCAAGACACAGAAAUGUGGCUUCAUGACAGGCACGGAAGUUGCAAAGCAAAGAGAAAAAGUGGUGAAAAUAUCGACUGGUAGCAAGCAAUUCGAUGCCCUCCUUGGAGUCUUUGGCGAGUAUCGCACGGGAAAGACGCAGCUCGCUCACACCCUGUGUGUGCAGGUGCAAUUGCCUUUCCAAAAAGGCGGAGCCAACAGUAAAGCAGCUUUCAUUGACACCGAAGGAACGUUUCGUCCAGAUCGGAUACGAGCUAUUGCCGAACGAUUUGGGGUGGAUCCCGAUGAAGCGUUGGACAAUGUCAUCGUGGCCCGAGCUUGGAAUAGCGACCAUCAAAUGGAUCUUAUUACGGAAACCGCGGCUCGAUUUGCUGAAGAGAAAGGCAUCUAUCGUCUUUUGAUUGUGGACUCCAUCAUUUCCCUGUUUCGUUGCGAUUACGCGGGUCGAGGCGAGCUCGCUGAACGGCAGCAAAAACUGAAUCAAAUGCUGAACCGGCUGAGCAAAGUGUCGGAAGAGUACAAUGUUGCAAUCUUGUUGACAAACCAAGUAUCUUCCGAUCCAGGCGGUGGUAUGGUGUUUGUAUCUGACCCAAAGAAACCGGUGGGAGGUCACAUCUUGGCACAUGCGUUUGUAUCUCAAGAAGUCUAUGGUAGUAUCAAAUAUUCAGUCCAAUUAACGAUGGAUGGGUAG